AGCUCGACUAUUGGAGAUCAGGCAGCGAUUGCAUUCUCCUUCUAACAAAACCCCUUUGACCGUACCAACAAAGCCUAAUAUCAAGAUUGAGCAACCAGUGAACGGGAAUCCAUUUCAAAAUGACGUCCACCUAUGAAGACAUUUUCGGAGGGUCUGAGAGUGAGCUCGAUGAGCUGGAGGACGUUCUAUCCGAUGACGAGGAGCGACAAGCGUCGGCGAACGAAAGUGCCGAUGAAUACGAAUCCCCUGUAAAACUCCCAUCCUUUAAAAAGAAAGACAGUGCACAAGUUGAACUUCCCGAAGAGUUGAAACGACGAGCACCCAAAAAACGGAAAACACCAUCCAAACGGGGCCGUGGAACUGUGGAAAGACAGCCACAUGAUUCGGAAGAAGAGGCACCGCGAGAGCGUUCGCUGAGUCCGGAUGCUUUGAAGCGAUUAGAAGCGUCAAUGGAUGUUGAGGAAGCAUUGAAGAAGACGAGGACCAAACGACCAAAGCAAGAUUUACCUGAUGAGGCGGAAAUGGAUGAGCGGAUGGUCAAAUUGCUCACAGACAUGAAGAGAGCGGCACAACAGGACGGAGAGUUGAAUAAAAGUAAUCACCCUGCUAUCGAAAAGCUGAAAAUGCUGCCAAGAGUCAUGAACCUGCUGCAAAGGGAGCAGUUGUAUGAGCAAUUUUUGGAGAACAACGUUUUGGAGGGCAUGAAACUCUGGCUGGAACCAUUACCCGACGCCUCACUACCGAGUCUUGACAUUCAAAGAAACAUUUUCGAAACUUUGACCAGAAUGCCAAUUAGAACAUCGCAUCUCCGUGACAGCCUGAUCGGUCGCAUUGUAAAUUUCUAUUCAAAAUGCGAACGGGUUCCGCCAGAAAUAAAGAAGACUGCCGCACAGCUAGUUGACAAAUGGAUGCGCCCCAUCCUGCACCGCAGCGCCAGCUACCGUGACCACAAAAUUGUGGUAGCAUCAGUCGACCCUACCGAGCGACCCAUUAAGAGAUCGGCGCGACCCUCUAUUGCCAAGCCAGGCGGCAAGGAUGAGGAUAGCUCAAUGCGCGCCCGGAUCCCACAACGGGUCGCACCCGCCUUUACUGUCAUGCCAGCGUCGAAUGUUGUUGUGUCAGGGUUAUCCUCAGAAAGCAGAAAUAAACAGAUGUUGCAAAACGACAAAUAUAGGCGUAUGCAACAGCGAAUGAAAUUGAUGAAGAGUGCGGGAAAAGUCAAAGGGCGAUGAUACUAUUUGAUAAACUUUGUCCAUCGUUGUGGCGUCUUUGCACCUUUGUGCGUUUGGGGGUUACGAGUAGAAGCUUGAUAACUACCUUGCGUUGUUUCCCUAUUUAAUUAAAAAACGUGGGUGUGCAAUCUUCUAGAGUGCUGUCACGUGAACAUGAAGUAAUC